AUGUCAUUCCUGGUCGAGGACAUCGACACCCGUCCCGAGAGCCCGGCCCCGCCGGAUCAGCAGUAUUCACAACAGCCUCCGUUGUGGCUGCCGUGCAGAUGGACGGCCCUCCACUGGGCUGCAGUGUUAGAUAAAGUUAAGUGUGUGUCUACCCUCAUCCCGGUCACGCCGCCCACCCCCGAGCUGCUGCAGGCCGCCGACGGACACACCCCGGUGCACCUCGCCAGCUUUUAUGGCCACGAGGCUAUGCUGAAGGCCCUGGACGGGGCUGGUUGGCCUCUUUACGCAAUGGACGCCGAUGGCCUGACACCCCUGCACUGGGCUGUGAAGGCAGGGCGUCUGGACGUGGUCAGGUACCUCCUGGAUAAGGACGCGGCGCCCAGUACGGGGGCCGGUGAUGACCUCACGCCGCUGGACUUGGCUAAGAGGAAGGGUAAAGACUUAGCAGCGAGGUGGCUGUCGAGGAGGAGCGGCGCGGUGCACGGAGACGCCGCCCACAGCCUGAAUCCUGAGGUCACGUCCAGUGCCGGGGUGAACGCUGCAGCAGGUGACGACACGCUGCGGCCAGAGGACGUGAGGAAACUGCUUGGCUUCAGGGAAUGGCUGAUAGACUUCUUCAACAAGGAGGAGCUCAUCACCGCCGUAGAGGCAGGAGACGAGGUCAAGGUCAGGGACGUCCUCGCCAGGGGAGGAGACCCCAAGGUGACCAUCCCAUCUAACAGUGGUGGGUCGGCGUGCCUGGUACAGCUUGCUGCCGACCGUGGCCACGCCCACCUCCUGCCCUGCCUGCUGGGGGCGGGGCUCAGCGUGGAGGGCAGCGGCACUGACGACAAAACACCACUGAUGGUAGCUGCAGCAGUGUGCCACAAGACGACGUUAGAGAAGCUGCUCAGCCUUGGUGCCGACCCGCUGGCUGUUGACAAAAGAGGAUGGACGGCCCUCCACUGGGCUGCAGUAAAUGGAGAAGCUGAGUGUGUGUCAACCCUCAUCCUGGUCACGCCGCCCACCCCCGAGCUGCUGCAAGUCGCCAACGGACACACCCCGGUGCACCUCGCCAGCUUUGGUGGCCACGAGGCAGUGCUGAAGGCCCUGGAGGGGGCUGGCUGGCCUCUUUACGCAAUGGACGGCGAUGGCCUGACACCCCUGCACUGGGCUGUUAAGGCAGGGCGUCUGGACGUGGUCAGGUACCUGCUGGAUAAGGAUGCGGCGCCCAGUACGGGGGCCGGUGAUGACCUCACGCCGCUGGACUUGGCUAAGAGGCAGGGUAAGGACUUAGCAGCGUGGUGGCUGGCGAGGAGGAGCGGGGCGGUGCACGGGGACGCCGCUAACAGCCUGAAUCCUGAGGUCACGUCCAGUGCCGGGGUGAACGCUGCAGCAGGUGACGACACGCUGCGGCCAGACGACCUGAGGAAACUGCUUGGCUUCAGGGAAUGGCUGAUAGACGGUUUUAACAAGAAGGAGCCGAGUUUCAUGACAGUGAAUUUGUUGUUGGUUUGUACUCGCCAUCUCGACUGUGGUGGAGUUAACGGAGCUGGAUUUCCCUGGAUGUUGAGAGUUGAGCCAUCUGAAUUGGAUUCUCCUUGGAUAGCCGACGAUUUGAGUGGGACAUCGUCGGUGCAUGCGAUGACAGGUGCCUCUCUGGAGUGA